AAGAAAAUAACUUGAAAAAUGGGUUAUGCUUUUUGCCCUUUCCAUUAUAGAAAUGGAGCUCUUCCACGGAGGUAACAAAAUCAUUUCGUUGAAAAUGGAACUUGCUUGCAGAUUCCACAGCAAGAUCAGCAACCGCAAGACAUAUCCUCGUACAAGAUGAACUCAAUGUUUGUAUUUGGACGCAUAAGGGAGACCAAUCAGUUGUGUUGGUCCUAGAAAUUUUUGUCAGCUAAAUAUCUUUUGGACCCACCUCACAGCCAUUUUUGGCUGCUUCCUGGGUUUAACGAGCUUCCCUGUUUCUUCACCUCCGUUUCUUUACCCUUCACUUUUCAAGCAAACAUGGCCGAAACCAUCCGGUUCUCUUUCUCUUUCAAAAUUUUACCGUCAAGAACAACCCCAUUUAGUUUUCAUCUGUCCCGCGACUUUUCACAGUUCAAUUUAUGUCAAAAUCUCUCAUCGCCAAUCUUCAGAACACUUUCUUUACCUAGAAAAUUAGUGGGUUUUCAUUUUCCCGGGAAUUUUCAUGUGUUUGGGGAGAAAAUCGAGGUGAUUAGUGCUUGGAACGGAGAAGGGUCUUUGCAGGAGCUGGAUGACUCGCCUGUUUCUGUUGAGCUGGAACCCAUUUGUAGCGAGAGCCAGUUCGAUCGGGUCAUAGCAGAAGCACAACAACUUGAGGAAUCGAUUAUUGUUGUUUGGAUGGCGAGUUGGUGCAGAAAAUGUAUAUAUUUGAAACCGAAAUUGGAAAAGUUAGCAGCUGAUUACUAUCCAAGAUUGCGAUUCUAUUGUGCUGACGUCAAUAAUGUUCCCCAUAAGCUCGUUGCUUAUGCAGGAAUCACUCUUAAUAGUUGAAAAGGCAAUCUUUUGAGAGGGACAGAAGAGCGAAUUAUUCCUUCUUGGAGCCUACUUAAUUGCAUAGAACUCCAACUUCUUGCUGAAUAAUCUAGUAUUGUUCGGGGUACACUCUUCUCUAUUCCUAGUUGCAGAUUCCAUUGUUGGAGUAAUUGCUAGUGCAAAAACUCUCAUCUAAGGUUACAGUUUAAAUAUGUAAGUUGCAUUUGCAAAUUUUCCAACUCCGCACCUAUCAGUGAUUCUAACUUUAGUAAGGUCAUGCAUAGCUAAUUGCAAGCAUGGAGAAAGGAAGGGGGCCGAUAUAAAUGACAGCCAGAGGGAAAAAGGUCAAGCAUAUUGAACACGGAGGAAGGAAGAUAAGGGAUAAGGUAGUAAAGAAGGAUUUGAACGGCAGUAGAACUUUGUAAAGAAGAAGCUCUAAACAAGGAUCCAUGUGACCAACUCCAAUUAGAGAGGGAAUUUGGGGUUAAGAUUAAUUUGGCUAACUUGAACAUGUUAGAUAAAGACAUCCACUGGUGAAACCAAAGAAUUCAUAAAUCUACUCAAUGUAUUCAUAGUUACUAACAAGGGUACUUGAAUGAAUAUAUGUAUAUAUCCUGAUA